AUGGCUGCAAGGAUAUCUAGUAUUGUGCGGAAUGGCUGGAUCAGCAUCAAGAACAGAGUUCGUACUGUUGCGUUAGACUAUCGAGAUGUGGCAAUUGACGUCGCAGAUGGUUCUCGAAAACGUCCUCUUCGAGCUAUAAUCAUCUCUUCUGGUCUUUUGACUACUCUCCAUGCUUUCCGGACGCACCCUGACAAGCAGGAUUACCUAGAUGCGUUGUUGCGCGGAGCAAAUGAUGUUGCUCUUGUGGCAGAAAGUAGUCGUAACAAAUGUGCCGUGGAAGCCCUAAUGGAGCGACGUGUGGCUGUGAAUUCGGGCAAGCUGAGAGUAAAGGACAUGAUUUUCUUCACACUUAUCCAUGCUGAUCCUACGCAAUCAGAAGGAUGCGAGCUGUACUCUUGCCAAUCAAAGCUUGUAAGACCUCCCUUACUAGGAUGGCAAAGCUAUUUCCUUGACAUUGGCCUGUUUGGCCGAUGGCUUGUACUAGAACGAAGGUUAGAACGCUAUGAUGUGAAUGAAGAUGAUCUUGAUUAG